AGCAGAAGAGAGCGGGAGGUAAUGCCGAUGUCAUCUCGAAACCGAAAUCUGCGAAACAAAUCGAAUCUCUCCGAAAGUUAUAUGGUCUGUUGCAUGUUCGGGGAAGCAGCAUCGCUGGCUGCGUCCACUGUCAAACGGGUGCACAAUGCCAGCUUAGCGAACGCAGCAGAUGAUGCUCAACUUGUUGAAAUGAUGGAAUCAGCUGGCAUGGUGUUUGUUCAGUCAUUGAAAGAACUGGGAAGGACGAGUGAACUAUUUGGCGAGCUUAAAGAGUUAUUUGGUACACUGGAGGCAAUACCAGUUUUAGUCUUCCUAACGGGGGUCUGCAUGCAAAUAUCAGAGGGAUAUUCAUCCAACCUAUCAACAACAUUGGAGGAGUUCCUUGAAAAAUGGGUUUAUUUGAAAGAUGAAGUGGAUGUUUUGCCAAAAUCAGAAUUGCAGGACGCUCAAUUUGAAGGAUGCAGGUGGCAAGCUUCAAUCCCUCUUGAAAAGUACUUGGAGGUGGCAGAUAUUUAUGCCAUAACCAUCCUCGGGAGGGUUCUACAUAAACCUGAUGUUGCUGUUUCUUGGACAGAGAGAGCUGGCUUACCUGAAGAAAAACGUCAGGAUAUGCUGAGAAAGCUACAUUCGUUGCAUCUCUCGGCACAUUCCAGCUCAUCAACAGAUAGAAGCGGCGGCUUAUCUAUUUCAGGUACUUGUUCAGCUGCACACACGGUGGAAAAAGCUUCUGGGGACGCUGAACUACCAGACUUUCCUAAUGGACAUGCAGCAAAACCUUCCUCCUUGAGAUCUAUUAAGCCAUCCACUGAGCGUAUCUCAGAUAAAACAUUCGGGUCGAAGGUUGGAAAUUUCCUAUCGGUCCUUCCUCGCAGAAAGACUAUGAUGUUGGGCUCGUUUAUCCUUUUUGUUCUUUAUAUUCUUCGAAAGAAACACGCAGUAUGGAAACGAUUUAUAAUCCAACAAGGCUCAUCCAUUAGAAGAGCUCUGAUUGAUGCUUGGCAGCUUGCCUUCUCUGUUCAGGUGAAUCCACUCGCGGCAGUUCAGCAGUUGCCCUCUGCCACACCACGGGGAGGAAGGUGACAGUUCUUCGAUUAUGGAAGCGGCUUAGGAAGCAGCAAAAGAGAUCUCGUUGUUGUAUAUAUAGUCAUUAG